AAGAAAUGGGCGGUUCCCAAUUUAUUAUCGAUGUUAUUAUUAACCAGUGGUAGUUGAACCAAAAUUAAUAUUCAUUUUCUCUAUCAAAAUUUUGGUUACUUUGAUGGUUUUUCUGAAUCGAUUAAAAUAGUAACUAAUUAUGUUGUUUUGGCAUGUCACUGAAUUGAUGUUGUUUCUCCUAAUUUAUGAUCCGGUAUAUCCGCAACAUUUUUCUCCCCUCCUAUAAUUCUAAUGGAAACAAGAAAAAAGAAAAACAAGAAACGUUAGAAUUUCAAAUGUGACAAAACGUCAAAAAUAAAAAUAAAGGAGGAGGAAACAGAAACAUGAAGAUUACUCAUCAUUGUUUGGUUUCUCUUUUCUCAAUCCUCCUUUUGUCUGGAUUCGCCUUGUCUCUUCACAUCUCUCUUGAUGAAUUUGAGUCACACCCAGCCACAAGCCGAGCUCUUCUUCAGGCAAGGGCAACAUGCAAAGAAGAUUUUGCGGCCAAGAAUUACACAAUCAUAACAAGUAAAUGCAAAGGACCAAAUUAUCCGGCCAAGGUAUGUUGCUCGGCCUUCAAGGACUUUGCUUGCCCAUUCGCGGAAGUUCUUAACGAUGAAAAGACAGAUUGUGCCUCCACCAUGUUCAGCUACAUCAAUCUCUAUGGUCGUUAUCCUCCUGGAAUAUUCGCUAACAUGUGCAAAGAAGGCAAAGAAGGCCUCGAUUGCACCAACGUCACCGCCACCUCUUCUUCCCAUGCAUCGAUCCCUUUUGUUUCUACACACGCUUUGCUAAUCACCGUUUUCAUCUUGUUUCGCCUCUUCUAAAGACUUGUAAAUGUUACAAUAUGAGUUAUAUAUUACAUUCCAUUGUUAGUUGUUUUGUGAUCAUAGAUAUAAAUGUUCGAUUUUUGUUUGCUGUGUCAUUAAAAUCACUCGUUAAGAUCGGUGUCGAUAGCAUUACAACUCGACCUUAAGGAACUCAAGGAAUCGCAUGAUCAAGUUCCGAGUUCGAACCCUAUGCAACGAGUAUUAAUUUACUUGCUCUAGAACUCGUUGGCUACCCAAAAAAAAAAAAAAAAAAA